AUGCUCUUCUUUGCUGUCAUUUACGUGGGUUUGGUAUAUGCCACAAAAAACAAAGAAGCAUUCAUGAGAGUGCCAGACCUUAUUACUAAUUUCGGAUACCCGUCAGAAGAGCAUUAUGUCACUACUGAAGAUGGAUACAUUCUUACUGUACACCGUAUUCCUAUUGGACGUGACGAUCGCCCUGCACCUCACAGUCCACAAAAGAGGCCUUCUGUUCUGCUUAUGCACUGCCUACUUUGUGACUCGUCAGUUUUUGUUCUGAAUCUUCCUGCUCAAAGUUUAGGAUUUGUUCUUGCUGACGCUGGUUUUGAUGUAUGGAUUGCAAACGUCCGAGGAAAUGAAUAUGGGAAAAACCACACUACCCUAAGGACAAACGAAAAGGCAUUUUGGAAUUUUACAUGGUAUGAGCAUUCCCGCUACGAUCUAAAAAACACUAUUGAGUAUGUCCUCGAUGUGUCGAAGCAGAAUGAAUUGUAUUAUAUCCGUGCAUUCUUUGGACUCGGUCCCAUUGGAGGACUUACCACAUCAAUCCCUGUAUUUUAUUUAGCAUCUUAUCCAUUUUAUGGCCUAACCGAGGAGAAACCACCGAUGUUUAAUCUGUCACAGAUUACAACUCCGGUAUUUCUGUUCUGGAGCAGUGACGACACACUUGCACCAGCUGCGGACGUGCGUAAUCACAUUAUCAAAAAACUACGAGAUGCCCUGAAGAUUAGCAUGUAUCCAGUGCAGCAGGAUACAUGCUCCGCUGGAUGCAUGCUCUACUUAACACUGAAGCCAUUUAAAAAAUUUCUUCUUACUGAUGAGAACUUGGCUGAGCUUAUUCUUUGUUUUCACGUGGAGAUACGAGAAAAGACUGUAUUACAGUCACUUAUCACAUAUCCGCGUUCUAAUAUUAAGUAUCCAAUAUAUUUGGCUAAACAAGCAAAUAAAUACGGUCAUGAAACGGAUGCCGUUUUGGGACUACUUGUCCAAGUUAAGUCGGCAGGUGGAAUGCAAACUUCUGGGAACUAUCGAAAAACGCAAAAUUAUCAAAACAAAAAGCAGUGCAAGUUACCUGACGGUUCUCCGUCUUUGUUCCUCGAAUCUUCUGAGCAACUUGUUGAAGAUUACACUGACGGAGCGAGGCAGCCUCUUCCAAAUUCUUGUCCUCGCUGUGGAUACGGUACUCAGCUCUCGUACUCGCCCGUAAAUCCUCGUUAUGAUCUCAGCGAUAUGAAAACAGGAGUAAUUCUGAAUUUGGUGCCUGGAGGAUUUCGGUGCAAAGAUAACAAGAACCUUUGUGUUCAUGGAAUGGAUGGAAGCCGAUAUGUGUCUGCAUCCGGCAAUACUGUCAUUUGGCCUGUUCCAUACUGUAAAGGCAGUAGCUGCUCAAUGCUGCUCACUCUUGAUCCUACUGAGGCUGUGAACGAAUACCGUGGGAAAAGGGUAGAACGAGGAACAGAUGAACUAAAAGAUAAAAACAACGUUAUUUACUAUAAUGGUAAUGAAUACAAUUACAUUGAGAUGAAGGCUAUCACGUGUGGAGGAUGCGAUAAAACUCUUAAUAUGUGUUAUUCGAUUGACAGAUAUGAAGGUGGCCGUCCGCUACCAGCAGAUGCGUACGAUAAUGCACAAGCAAGUGCUACCGAGGAGCAAUACUCAUCCCUUGGAUAUGGAGACAACACCCAAUACAUACAGCCAGAUGGAGUAAACCCAUAUGCAGAUGAAACCAAUUCGCCUUCGCCAACACCAACGAACAAUGGAUAUGAGCAACAACUAAGCAAUGCACCUUCCCAACCGUUAUCAGACUCUCCAGCAUCAAGAGCUCAGCUGAUCGCACGUUUGAAUGCCGCAAAUCGACGUCUCGUACAGACCCGAACAAAUGUACGAACCCUGCAAACACAAGUAGCAGUGCAACGAGCUCGAGCUCAAACUGCCCUGCAAACAGCACGGGCAAUCGGUAGGCCAACAAUAAAUGUGCGACCAGCGAAUGUCAACGUAAAAGUUAACGCUAAUCCUCGGAUUACAAAUGUGAAUCAAAAUCAGUUGACAGCUGAGCAACGCGCCCAGCAGGCAGCGAACACAGGUGGGUCACCAGCCCCAACCGGGUCCCCUUCGUCACCAGCCCCGGCCGGGUCCCCUUCGACAUCCGUGGCCGCGCUGCGAAUGCAUUCUCCAGUGAUCGAUGAGAAGCAUUUUGUGGACUUGACGGGUAAAGCCGAGAAACCUUCGGAAGAGAUGCUCAGUAUGAUCGAGCAACAAAAUGAGAACUUCCUACUCGGUGGAAAAAGUACAAUAAAAAUAGCACAGCCGAACAUACUUUGGAAAGUACGGCGGGAAAGUAACAGUGCUGUUAUCAGAGAGAAAAAGACGAUGAGAGAUGACACUCAAGAAAGUGUAGGAGGCACGAAUUCGGACCUUCUCUUUAGUCUUUUAGGAGAUAAAGCUUCGUUAACUGGACCACCAGGUCAAGAACCAAGUCUGCAAUGGAUAUCCUCGCAUCGUACAAUGAGACGUUGA